AUGAGACUACCCCUCUGUUUGGAUACUGAAAAUCUCGAGCAGCUGGAUCUCAACCUGCGCUUCCCAGCCACCAAAGAAGCCAAUCAGAACUUCCACCUCUUCAUCCCCAGUGCCCUGAAGCUGAAGGGGCUGCUGGACAGCAAGCGGCCCUGGAGAAGCCUGGACGAGAUCCAACACAGCUUUGUCUUUCCCAGAUCGCCUGUGUCAGAGUACAUGUUUGAGCACUGGCAGGGGGGCACCUUCUUUGCUUCCCAGUUUCUAAAUGGCCCCACCCCUGUCCUGAUCUACCACUGCCUCCCAAUGAACUUUCCAGUCAAUGCCAUGGUGAUCCCCAUGCUAGGCCCAGGGACAGUUCUUCAGGGGGAGCUAGAGAGGGGUUUCCUGUACCUGGUGGACCACACCAUCCUGUCUGGUCUCCACCCCAUCAUUAAUGGGAUACCCCAGUUUGUGGCUGCCCCUCUUACUCUGCUGCACCAGUGCCCUGGUGGCCCCCUGCUGUCCCUCCCCAUCCAGCUGGCCGACCACGAGGUGCAGGACCUCGCCCACGACUACUACCAAGACAACUGGCUCCAGAUCUGGGCCGCCAUCAAGAGCUUCGUGUCCAACAUUGUUGACAUCUGUUAUCCUGACGACAGGGCUGUGCGCGAGGACUUGGAGCUGCAAGCAUGGCUCAUGGAGAUCUUCCAGGAGGAUUUUCUAGGCUGCCACAGUUCAGAGGUCCCUUCUGCCCUGGACAGCUGUGUGGGCCUUACUGAAUAUCUCACCGUGGUCAUCUUCAACUGCUCGGCCCAGCACGCUGCCCUCAACAACAGCUAG